UCGACAACCUUGCCGCCGACUUGCGACUUUCUGAGCAACGUACAAGGGACUACUUCGACCACAAGCUCGACGAUCACAAGCAAGAGAAUGACGCAAGGAUGGACGAGAUUCGCGCUUUGUUUCUCAAUCGCUCUUCUUCCACUUCAAGAAGGGGUCAUUCAAGUCGCCAUUCCGACUUUACCCCCUCCGGCUCAAGUACACCGACAUCGAACACUUUUCGUCGAGCCGCGCGCACCGACCGUCAAGCAAACAUCAAUCCACUUCGGGACACCGACUCUCAAGAGCGCCGACGACGUCAAGCCGAAGAAGCCUUUGCGCUAGCUCGUGAACGACAACAACAACGCCAACAUGAAGAGGAAGAACGCGCGCGUCUACACCAAAAUGCACAAAAUGCCGAGGCUCAACGUCAAGAACAACAACUCCGUGACGCUCAAGCACUUGAGGCGCAAUAAGCUCUACGCGAUGCGAGUCGAGCCGUUGCCGACCGAGGCCGUCAAGCCCGUGAAGAAGAGGAAGCACGUCACGAAGAAAUUCACGAACGACGAUUUCAAGCUCCCAUGCAUCAUAUAGUUCCUCCUCGAGUUCGACGCGCUCCUUCACAAGCUCGCCAAGACCAUCAAGUUCAUCAAGAGCAUGGAAACAUUGGGAAUCCUCCACGACAAGAGCAACACGAGGUUGACACCCUCCGCGUCAAGAACACCACAAGUUGGACAAUCAUCUACAACAUGGGCGUCAUCAUCCCCGACCCCAACACAAUGAAGAACAACGCUACGGCAAGCUCAAGUUCACCAUGCCCAAGUUCAACGGAAGCAACGAUCCCGAAGAAUACCUUUCAUGGGCAUUGAA